AACUAAUCGUAUGGUACAUGCAGGGCAAAAAGGUUAUUGUCCUUUCCAACCUGAAGCCAAGAAAUAUGCGUGGUGUCAAGUCCUGCGGAAUGCUGAUGGCGGCUUCUGAUGCAAAGCAUGAGAAUGUUGAACUUCUGUUCCCUCCUGAGGAAGCAGCUCCUGGUGAAAGAAUAUGGUUUGGAACUGAAGAUGAAAAAGAUAAUCAACCUGCUGCUGCCACUCCGAAUCAGAUACAAAAGAAAAAGAUAUGGGAAUUGGUGCAACCUCAUCUCAAGACAGAUGUUUCUUGCAUUGCGAUGCUAGGGGAGCAUGUCAUGCGUACAUCUGUAGGUUCAGUAGCAUGCCAGUCCUUGCAGAAUGCAAAUAUCUCCUGAUCAGCCAACACCUAUCAGUACGCAAUUGUUCUGCUUAACAAUGAAUUUUUUGGUUUAUAAAUUGUUGUUUAUUUUAUAUGUACUUCAUUUUCUUUAAUAGUUCUAGUUUUAAGCAAUACUAAUAAUAAAUAUCAGUUGUUUUUUGGGGGGCUAAUUUCUUGAGGGUCACAAGCAAAUUUGUCGGCCAAUUUGUAAGUACUAGGAUAGGUGAGUAACUUCCUAUUAAACGUAAUUUAGCUAGUUCGAAAUAACCUAGGCUUUAAAGGGAGGACUGAUCUGUUUUUGUUUGAUCCAGACCCACCUCCAGGUCAUGAUGAUUCUCAUUAUUCACGCUUCAUUCAUCUUCGUCUAAUGAAAGGGAUUUUCUGCAGGUCGAUGUAAUCAUAAUUUGGCUUCUGCUAUCCGAAGCUUGCCCCUGGGAUAUAAUUGUCUGGGAAUAUUGCAUUCGGUCAAUACUAGCAGGGGCUUAAAAUAAUGGAGUUUGUCUCUUUCUCAUUUCUUCCAGUAGCUCUUUGCUAGAA